AGAGCAAUCACCACCAAGCCUGAACCAACUGCACAGGCUCUGCUGACAGCUUCCUAAGGUGCCAGGGGAAUGAGGAUGGAGGAAGGAAUGAAUGCUCUCCAUGACUUUGGGAUCCAGUCAACUCGCUACCUCCAGGUGAAUUACCAAGACUCCCAGGACUGGUUCAUCUUAGUGUCUGUGAUCGCUGACCUCAGGAAUGCCUUCUAUGUCCUUUUCCCCAUCUGGUUCCAUCUUCGAGAAAGCGUGGGCAUCAAACUCCUCUGGGUUGCUGUGAUUGGAGACUGGCUCAACCUCGUCUUUAAGUGGAUUCUCUUUGGACAGCGCCCGUACUGGUGGGUCCUGGACACCGACUACUACAGCAACACCUCUGUACCACUGAUCAAGCAGUUCCCUGUCACCUGUGAGACUGGACCAGGAAGUCCUUCUGGCCAUGCCAUGGGUACAGCCGGUGUAUACUAUGUGAUGGUCACAUCUACCCUCUCUAUCUUUCGCGGAAAGGAAAAGCCAACAUACAGAUUUCGGUGCUUGAACGUCAUUUUGUGGUUGGGAUUCUGGGCUGUGCAACUGAAUGUCUGUCUGUCACGAAUCUACCUUGCUGCUCAUUUCCCCCACCAGGUUGUUGCGGGAGUCUUAUCAGGCAUUGCUGUUGCUGAAACUUUCCACCACAUCCGGAGCAUCUACAAUGCCAGUCUCAAGAAAUAUUUUCUCAUUACCUUCUUCCUGUUCAGCUUCGCCAUUGGAUUUUACUUGGUGCUAAAGGGGCUGGGGGUGGACCUCCUGUGGACUCUGGAGAAAGCCAAGAGAUGGUGUGAGAGGCCAGAAUGGGUCCAUAUUGACACUACGCCCUUUGCCAGCCUGCUCAAGAACCUGGGGACCCUCUUUGGCCUGGGCCUGGCUCUCAACUCCAGCAUGUAUAGGGAGAGCUGCAGGGGGAGUCUCAGCAAGUGGCUCCCUUUCCGCCUCAGCUGCAUCAUGACCUCCCUCAUCCUCCUGCAUCUCUUUGACUCUCUGAAACCCCCAUCCCAAAUUGAGCUGAUCUUCUAUGUAUUGUCCUUCUGCAAGAGUAUGACAGUGCCCUUGGCCUCUGUCAGUCUCAUUCCCUACUGCAUCACGCGCAUCCUGGGCCAAUCACACAAGAAGUCUUUGUAA